UCCCUGCUGUAUGUAUCCUGAUUAGGUGAGCAGAGGAGGCGUGGGUCUGAAGAGGGGCAGAGAGAGAGAAGCCGCAAGAAGAGCGGGGACGCCGAGAGGAGCUGACGGAGCAUUAAUGAGAUAUUGGCCGCUUAGAGUUACAGGGAUGCAACUGUAGUUUUACUCCCCACUGUUUACAGGCUUCAUCUACGGACUAGAAAACAAAACAUUUGGCCAAUUUCGCCAUUCAAAACUAACUUUAGUGGAUUAAUUUAUUGUCAAAAAUGGGCUUGGUGAGAUUUCUCACAAAGACGCCGGGGAUAGUAGCCUUUCUCGCACGCUCAUUCCUUUGUAUUAUCGGGCUAUUACUGACUUUUUCUAAGCCUGCCUGCAAGGCUUUCAACUUGGAUGUGGAGAACCCAGCUGUUUACAGCGGACCCAAUGGGAGCUACUUCGGAUAUGCAGUUGACUUUUAUUUGUCUGAUUCUGGCAGUGCAAGUGUGCUGGUUGGAGCCCCCAAGGCUAGAACAAAGCAGUUCAACGUUACAGAGGGAGGGUCUGUAUUCUACUGUCCAUGGAGCUCCAGCCAAACCGACUGCCACGCCAUCAAAUUUGACCUUGAAGGGGAUCGCAAUGUCUUGCUCAAUGACACAAAUUACCAAGCUGAUUUCAAAUCCCACCAAUGGUUUGGUGCCACUGUCCGGUCUCAUGGUGACACAAUUCUGGCUUGUGCCCCACUUUACUCAUGGAGAACUAAGGAGGAUAUUCCCCAUUCUGAUGCUACAGGAAGCUGCUACCUCUCUGUCGAAAACUUCACCAACUUUGUGGAGUAUGCUCCUUGUCGUACAGAAAUCAGUGGUCCAUCAGGACAAGGUUACUGCCAGGGAGGAUUCAGUGCCGAAUUUACAAAGGAUGGCAAAGUGGUGCUGGGAGGACCAGGCAGUUAUUUCUGGCAAGGUCAAGUGAUCUCUGCAGCUAAGGAGGACAUUAUCAGAGCAUACUAUCCAGGCUAUUUUAUUCAGGCGGUGAGUGGCCAGAUCCAGACCAAACAGGCCCAUUCUUUGAAAGAUGACAGCUAUCAAGGCUACUCUGUUGCAGCUGGGGAAUUUAGUGGUGAUGGGGUAGAAGAUUUUGUUGCUGGGGUUCCAAAAGGACACAUGCUUUAUGGUUCGGUGUCUAUUCUGAACGGUACAGAUCUGACAAACAUGACUGAGUACACUGGAGAGCAGAUGGGCUCAUAUUUUGGGUAUGCAGUGGCCACAACUGACAUUAACAGUGAUGGGAUGGUUGACCUGCUGGUGGGAGCUCCCAUGCUCAUGGUCCGAAGCUCUCAUGGACGCCUGGAAGAGAUGGGCCAAGUCUACGUUUAUCUCCAGCGUAGCCCCUUGAAACUAGAGUCCCGCCUACCUCUAACAGGCACUCAGGUGUUUGGGAGAUUUGGCAGCACCAUUGCACCCUUGGGAGAUCUGAACUUGGAUGGUUUCAAUGAUGUGGCUAUCAGCUGUCCAUUUGGAGGAGAAGAUCAGCAGGGACUGGUUUAUAUUUACAAUGGAUACUCAGAAGGACUCAGACAAAAGCCAUCUCAGGUGAUUAGGGGGCAGUGGGCUGUAGGGACUAUUCCUGCUAGCUUUGGAUUUGCUCUCAGAGGUGCUAAGGACCUGGACAUGAACGGAUACCCAGAUCUCAUUGUUGGAGCUUUUGGUAUUAAUAAGGCUAUUCUAUAUAGAUCCCGGCCGAUAGUCAACACCAGUGCCUCGCUGACAGUUUCCCCCACCAUGAUUAAUCCUGAGGAGAAGAACUGCAUUCUCACCACUGGAAACUCCAGCAUUCCCGUUUCCUGUGUCAACCUGAGUUUCUGCAUAUCUGCUGAUGGGAAACACCUUCCAAAGAACUUAGAUUUCCAGGUGGAGGUGCAGCUUGAUAGUCAUAAGCACAAGCAGAAAGGUGCAGUGAAGAGGGCUCUGUUCUUGGAUUCCCAGCAGCCUUUGCUCCCGAUGACUGUGAGGCUGAACCACGGACAGCAAGUGUGCCAGCAUAAAAGAAUCUACCUAAGAGAUGAGAAGGAGUUCAGAGAUAAACUCUCCUCUAUUUAUGUGGCCUUGAACUUCAGCUUGGACCCAAAAGCUGCAGCUGACUCCCACGGCCUGCGGCCCAUCCUCAACUAUCAGACCACACACGUAAUUGAGCAAAAGGCACAGAUUCUGUUGGACUGUGGAGAGGACAACAUCUGUGUUCCUGACUUGAAGCUGGCAGUUAGCGGUGACAGGAAGGAAGUCUACCUUGGUGAUGACAACUCACUGACCUUGACAUUCAAUGCCAGGAAUGAGGGUGAGGGAGGGGCGUAUGAAGCAGACCUGUAUGUGGUGCUGCCCCCUGAAGCUGACUACAUUGGCAUUGCCCGCAAUAAUGAGACCUUGACCCAGUUGACUUGCAGCUAUGAGACGGAGAACCAGACCCGAUACCUCAGCUGUGAUUUGGGGAACCCAAUGAAGUCGGGCACCAAUCUCUGGGCAGGCCUACGUUUCACAGUGCCGCGGCUGAAGGACACACACAAAACGAUUCAGUUCGAGGCGCAAAUCCGCAGCAAAAAUGAGAAUAAUUCCCAUAGUGAGGUUGUAGCCUCCAAGCUGGAGGUGAUUGUUAAGGCUGAUGUCAUUCUACAGGGUGUGUCUCGACCAGAUAAGGUCUUCUUUCCGCCGGCCAACUGGAAACUGACCAAAAAUUACAACGUGGAGGUGGACGUUGGGCCUGCCGUGGAACACAUCUAUGAGCUUGUGAACAAUGGCCCUAGUAGGAUCAGCCACACCCUACUUGAGCUGCGCUGCCCUUUCCGUGUCCAAGGUCAAACUCUCCUUUACCCUCUGGAGUUCUCCACUGAAGGCCCCAUUAACUGCACAGCUGACAAAAACAUGAACCACCGAAACCUUAAACUCCAGCGCUCAUCCACGGAGUCACCUAUUCUGGCGCUAAAGGGCCAUGAGCAUCGCCUCGAGAGGAGGGACGUCCACAAGAAUCAGCUUGCUCAUUUGACUAACCUGAACUGCUCUACUGUGGACUGCUGGAAAGUUGAAUGCAAUGUGGGUCUUCUGCAGAAGGGGACUACAGCUAUCCUUAAAAUGCGAUCCCGUGUCUGGGCUGAGACCUUCACUGAGAGAGCUUAUAAGCAAUAUGUGCUGGAGUGCCUGGCAGAAUACCGUGUGAAGAAGAUGCCAUAUGCAAUCCAGCCUAAACUUUUUCCCAGUGGAAACAAAAAGGUGGUGACUCCAGUGGUUUGGAACAAGCCGGAUAUUGAGAACUCAGUUCCACUGUGGAUCAUCAUCUUGGCUAUUCUGGCUGGUUUACUGCUUCUGGCUCUUCUCAUAUACAUCUUAUACAGAUUGGGCUUCUUCAAACGAUCUGACCCUUACGGCACUGCCAUGGAGAAAGCGGAACUCAAACCGCAGGCUGCCUCUGAGGCCUAAAAGACCACCAAAGCUACCAAAACCACAGUACCUGGCCAUAUGAUUGCAACGGAGAAUUGUGGUGGAAUAUGUAGAGUGGAUUUAAAAAAAAGAAAGAAAGACAGAAGCAGUUGAAGAGUUACAAGAAAGAAAGACUACUGGAACUCCACUGUGCUGCACUAGAGGAAGACAAAACUCCAAAGAUCUCAAAGCCAAAUGAAUGUUUUCUUUUUCUAUUUUUAAUUUAUGUCUUUUUUGCUGGCAGGGUUGGACUGUUAUCAAAUGGAACUUGUGUCAAUGCAUAAGGCUAACAUUGGACUGUACAACAAAAAACGACUGCAGAAGAAAUGCAGGCUACCGUCAACCUGCAGAUGCAGGAAGAUGGGUUUAAUUUUAUGGAUUCUUGGUAUGGAUCAUUUUGUUAUUUCCCUGUAACUGCCUUAUAUUGGUGCUAAUGAUCUGAUAUGAUUGCUGCCUCUAACAGGAUAUGGCCACAUGUUGCUUGUGGCAUCUAGGAGCUGUGAAUUAUGCUGCCUGCUGAGGCCUGAAAGUAUUCUGAUAUCUCCUAAACACAUUUAAUUGACAAAAAAUAAGAAAACUGUUUAUCUGCCUUUAGUAAAGGCAACAUUACAUCGACAAAUAUUUAACAACAAAACCUGUUUUAAAGCUCAGAUUUCAUAGCUAAUUGUAAUUCAAUUCCUUUGCUAAAAUUUAAGUAAUUUUAAAUCCCAACUAUUCAGAGGUGCUGAUUCUUGCCCAGUGCAUGCUGGGAUAUGCUCCACCACUCCGGAAAUUUAAAAAAAUGCAUAGAUGGACAUUUCUCACCCGACCAUGGAACUGAUCUCUCUCUGCCUCAGGUUGGUGGACAGUGCCGGGUUAAGUUGUUUUUGCACUCAAAGGAAAUCUACUGAUAUUAUUCCAAAGACACCAAAGACUGACUGACCUUCCUUUGAGUUCUGAAUUUGACUCCUACUGAUCACUUUGUUUAAAUCCUGUAUGUUUGAGUCGAGAGUUACCAGUGCUGGCAAUGUCAUUGUUGUGUAGUCGACUGGGAUGGGACUGGAACCACCACAGACCUGUGAAACCUCAUGUAAGGCCUGAAGCAGUGUGGUGCUUCUGUCAAAACGCAGUGUUCUCAAGAUUUAGUUUUAAUGUCAUUACUCCUGCUUUGUUUGGAUUGGGUUCAUUCAAGAUGGAAGCCUAAAUGAAGCAAAUUGUGCUUACGGUGGAGGAAAUAAGCAUAUAAUGAUAUAUAUAUAUAUUUUAAACUGAAGACAUGACAAUCAGCAAUCCUGUAGCCUCGACAGUAGGCUGAAGGCAGAAUGAUUCUUUUUCAGCAUAAAAUGUGUGUUGCUGUGAGAUACUGUAUUUUUCUAUUCUUUUUUUUUCUCUUUUUUUGUGUAAAUGCUGCCCAUGCUUAAAAUGAGAAGUAGCUGAAGCCAUCCCACACCCAGAGGCUGCAGGGACGCAACAUUAAAAUGCCUCGUGUUGGUUUCUUUUGACAUAUGCAUACGUUUAAUGUGUCCUUAAUGUAAAUACUUAGUGCUUGUCAGUUACCGUUCCAGUUGUGUGUGUUUACAUGUAUACAUGCGAGAUUUCAUGAAUACAUGCAUUUGUGUGGAUGGUAUAUUUAUGAAUGUUUGUUUUUGCCUUAUUACCUUUCCCACUGCCUAGUCCUUUUUAUGCCAAUCACAUCAGUAGCUUGAGAUAAUUGAGCUUAACCAGUUCUGCGUUACUUUUAAAAUUGAUAGCAUAAAUACCUCUAACAAAGGGAUGACAGCUAGGCACUGGGAACUACAUGUUGUUUGGAAGUGCAAUAUUUAUAUUCACUUGUUUUAAUAUUACAGUGCUUUCUUUUGAUUUAUGUUUUGUUUGUGAUUGAUUUGUGAUAAAUCAGACCUUUACGUGUGAAGGUGAUGAACAUGUAGCCAAAUCCUUUGUUGGUGGUUCACUUGCUUUUUCUCACUAAGCAUUAUUUCAGGUGUGAAAGUUUUUGUUUUUCAAGGAUUUUUCCCACUUCAUAUGUACUCACCACUGCAGGACCUUUCUGAUCUCACUUUUUGUAGCAUAGAUUUUCAUAAAAAUACAAGCACAUUUCUGGUAUGUUGAAUUAGUUUGGUGAUUUAUGUGCUCUGGUGUUGCACCUGUCCAAACAGCAUCAUACUGACCGUCUGCAAUGCAUUUGUUUGCUUCAUUAAAUUCUCUUCAUAAAUCCCCUUGUAGUUGAUAGAUACAAUUUUCCAGAUAGUCCACAAAAUUUGCGUUUGGAAAAUUAUUUUUAUCCUAAAAUGUAGUCAGUAGACAUUUUUUUUUUUUUUUUUUUUAAA